AGUUUUCUACCAUCCCUCCUGAACCAAGUAAUCUUCGCGAAAGGCACGCAACAUGUACGUUCGAACAAAUUGUUGCGCGUGUUUGCGGCAGCUACGCAGGUAGUUGAGAAAGAGAAGAAGAAGAACGAGGGUGGAUCUACAGAACAUAGUGUAGAAGCUGUCCUAGAAGGAUGGAAGGAAGUAGUUGAGGCUGAAUUUUUGAUGUUUGAUCCUGAAAACGAAGCAGACCGCGGUCUCAAAAAAUUCCUCCUCGUAGAAAAAGCACUAGAAGAAGCCUCGAUGAAUACAACGACUAUGCCUGCUCAGAAGAUACAAGAACCUGUGCUACAUCAAGUGUACUUUUCUCCUACUUCAGUUCACCCGACCAGG